GUCACCUUUCAGUUGGCAGUGUGGAGAUUCCAAAGUCGCUUAGGAACUGUCAUUGGUUUGCUAAAAUUGCUUUAUUGUCUGUAAAUUUGGUGCUCUCCGAUUUAAAAAGUUACCAUUCGUUGUGUUUUUAUGUGGGAUAAAAUAAGCAAUAGUAAAACAAUAACGUGAUCUCCAACAAAACAUUGGUUUAUAAGAAAUGGCAAGUAGACCAGGAGCAGCUCAAAGACCUAAUGGAGUCCAAGGCAAAAUAUGCCAAUUCAAGUUGGUUCUUUUAGGAGAAUCUGCAGUCGGUAAAUCUAGUUUAGUCUUGCGUUUUGUCAAGGGACAGUUUCACGAAUAUCAAGAGAGCACCAUUGGAGCUGCCUUUUUGACCCAGACAGUUUGUUUGGAUGAUACAACAGUCAAAUUCGAAAUAUGGGAUACUGCAGGCCAGGAAAGAUACCACAGUUUGGCCCCCAUGUACUACAGAGGGGCACAGGCAGCUAUAGUUGUGUAUGAUAUAACCAAUCAAGACACAUUUGGAAGGGCAAAAACAUGGGUGAAGGAGUUGCAGAGACAGGCGAGUCCGACAAUCGUCAUUGCUUUAGCAGGCAACAAGCAAGACUUGGCCAAUAAACGGAUGGUGGAGUAUGAUGAGGCCCAAGCGUAUGCUGAAGAAAAUGGAUUGUUGUUCAUGGAAACAUCAGCUAAGACAGCUUUAAACGUAAACGAUAUUUUCCUGGCGAUAGCAAAAAAACUCCCAAAGCACGAUCAAAAUCAAGGGCAAUCUGGUCAAGGUCAAGGAAGAAGGCUGGCAGAAGGAGAUCAAGGAGUCAAAUCUCCUGGAAAUUGUUGCAAGUGAUGGCCGCCAGAAGAACAUGAUUUAUUGGCGAUUUUCUCUUGAAAGGGAACGAACUGUGCUCUUGCACUUUAGUGAUAUAUAAGUGUAAUAAAAAUGCCCUUCUAUUUACAAAUACACUGUCACAUAUUAGUACAUUUUACUAUAUUAUUUCUUUGCAGCCUGCGCUGAAUUUCCCCAUUAUUUUUAUCUAAUUUAAUUGAUUGUGGAGGUUAGCAGGGAUGUAUGUUGAUGGUUUCUUAUUAUUCAAAAUCGAUUAUAGUUGCUGAAUCAAAGGGCGUUUGAAUCUUAUAGUAAUAUAUUUAAGUUUAAAUAAAUUCCGAUCAUGUUGGUGAUAAUUUCUACUUUUAAAUUAUAUCUCACACUGUUAUGUGUUGUAUCGAAAUAGUAUAAAAGUAAUCUGUGUAUGUGAUAGAAAAAUUUAUUUUUAUUAUAGUUUGAUAUAUAAUCAAUAUAUGACAGUGUACAAUCUCAAUAACUACAGAUUGUUAAAAUUUCUAUUAAGUGCAGUAAUCUAUUGAAGUAGAUAUCAUUUAAUUGAAUAAGAUUAUCCAGAAUUUUAACAAUCCAACGAAAUUGUUUGAUUAAUUUUAUUAACCCAUACCAGAUGAUUGUUUAACUGGUUUGGGAAAAAAUACAAAUUGAAUAUAUUCAGUGAAUGUAUUUUAUUAAUGUUUUUCAGAUAGGUCACAUUUUCAGGAAGUUGUUCAGAGGUACACAGAACUAUUUAAUUUUUAUGCAUUUAUUCUUGUCAAUUUUUUGUCAACACAAUCCUAGCGAUUUCAACAAUAUUGCUGGAUAUAAUUUUCUCUAGUGGCCCAUUUUUUCUGAAAUUAUUUCACAGCCAAGUACUGGCCCUUACCAGUACUUCUUUUUUGGUGUUUAGUGUAAAUUUGAUCAAUUUCCAAAUUCCCCAACUCUGUCAUGAGUAACCUCUCAUGUCUUGGUUCAUAUAAUUCUCUUGAUCGUCAAUGAUUCCAUUGAUUAUCUACAUUGGCAUGUAACAAAUAUUAGUUGAUGUAAAAGGUAGAUGGUGGUUGUACAGAGUUUAAAGAAUACCAAUAUGGAUAAAUGUAUAAUCCAUAAUCAUCUUUGUAUAAUAUUUGAAUAUAAUUGAAUUUAUUACAAUUAGUUACUUUUAUCAAUUUUAUUUGCUUGCUUACAUCAUUAUUGUUCUGUAUGCACAGAAAUUGUACAGGAAAGAUCAUACUCAAUAAAGUUGAAAUAAUAAA